UCUAAAGAAUGACUUCUCUUCACACAAACCGAUUUCAUAUGAUUUCCAUGACUUCAAAGUCCGUCUGUUAUCGCUGUAACUGAUGAAUACAUUUGGAUGUGAUAUAAGUGAACAAAACUGUGAAUGUAUUAAUCGUCUCAAGUGUUUGGCGUUACAAUCAAAACGUCGUUUCAAUCGUUAAUAAUAUUUUCCUUUUAAGAGUUAGUGUUGUGAAGAGCUUUCAACAAAACAAUUGCAUUAUAAGUGUGAUUACAAUACAAACGACACUCACAUCGACUGUAUAUAUUCGGGAAUGAAGCGAAACAAUAGUCCGGGUAUUUCCCAGAGAGGGUACGUGUCGUCCAAUGACAGCGGUUCCAGUAAUGAUGUACAGCCGAAACCAGCGAACAAUCCCCGUAUCAAACAACACACCCGCGGACUCAGUCAGGGCUCAUACACUCCCAGCGCACACCAGGAGUUGGCCCGCACUCUGGGCCGCACUUCCAAUAGUUCAGCCGAAGACCACCUCAGCGACGACCCCAACCAUCACUACCACCACAAGGAGUUGGCCAUCAACUUGUCGGCCAACUCGUGCACAAAUGGCAGCAGCGGUAGCGCCGAACCGCAGUCCUCCACACCAGUGGCCGCCAAUCAGUCGAGUCUUCAGAAUUUCAGUUCGACCGACGAAUUGGAUUCACUGAUACCCCACUCAUCGGACGCCCAACGGGCGCGCGCUCUCGUCGAGCACUUCCAGUCGAAGAUCGUUCGCACCAAAGAGUCCAUCAAAGCCGAGCAGAACGCCAGGGAUGAGAACGUCAAUGAGUACCUGAAACUGGCGGCCAAUGCCGACAAAAAUCAAUUGCAAAGAAUUAAGAGCGUCUUCGAGAAGAAGAACCAGAAGUCGGCGCAAACUAUCGCCACUUUGCAGAAGAAGUUAGACAACUAUAACAAAAAGAUCAAAGAGACGGAAGCGCGCGGCGCUCACCACAAGCAGACCCGCGAAAUGCUGCGCGACUUCGGACAGGGGCUCAAGGAUGUCGGCGUCAACAUCAAGGAGGGCGUCACCGGACUCUCGGGCGGCGUCUUUGGAGCCAUCCAUUCGGCCGGAGAGUCUGUUAUGACAAAACCAAAAGAGUUUUUUAAGAAUCGUUUCGCGAGCUCUGAAAACGUUAACUCAUCUGAAAAGAGUAACGACGAUCCGAUUGGCGGUAACAGUAGUGCCGCGAACGCUGACAACGAAAGCGGUGACAAUCAUAACAAUAACAACAAAUACGGCGCCGGCUCUGGUGGACAAACGGGCGGCCACUUUGCACACAGUCAUAGUCACAGUCAUAGCACGAAAUACACCUCCGAUGACGAGAGCUCAAGCAUGACGUCCGGCUCGGGACACUUGGGGCCCAACGCCAUCGCCAGCACCACUGGCGGCUCGUUUAGUCCGCUCAGGAAGAAUACCGUACUCCAGGCCAGCACUCACCUGCCGGCCCCCGAAACCGCAGUCACACCAACCGCUAUGAUAGACAUCGAGCAGAUUGUCAUCGAAUUGAAGGACAGUCGCGAACAGGUUCGCCGACUGUCCGAAGAAGUCGAGUCAUUGAAAAGUCAUUUACAGAGCGAGUGCUCUGUAUUUCAUCAGUCAUUACAAGAGGAAAGAUAUCGGUUUGAGAGAUUAGAGGAGCAGAUGAACGACUUAAUAGAGUUGCAUCAAAACGAAAUCGAGAAUCUGAAGCAAAAUAUGGUGGAUAUGGAGGAGAAAGUGCAGUAUCAGAGCGAAGAGAGGCUCCGGGAUGUGCACGAAAUGCUCGAA